ACGUGGAUUGUAAGAGAACGGCUUAAACUUUCUGAAACGGUCAAUAUAAAACUUAUUAGAGGCCUUUAAAACUAAAAGCUGUGUUGGAGAAAAAGGAGCUGGUACGACAAAAGGCAUGAGAGUGUCGAGUCAAUUACGGCACGUGCUCAAAUGGCCUCGAUGCCUCAUUUCAAGAGCUCCGGAUUGUCAUUUUGCUUUUGUUUUAGAAGUUUGAAUGUACGAGUAGCACAGCCAUAAUUAUAUGAAGUGAAUCACGCGCGUCUCGGCCAAUCACAUUCGCCUGGUCUCACGCUCUUCACGCGCCGCUGAAGGCGGGAAACAAUGCAAAUGACGGUUAUCGUGCGACUCAAGCGCUUAGCCAAUCAGAGGCGACUGUUCCCACGGUUGUGGCUUUGUGUAUGAAGCCAGCAUUGUUUGGGCACCAAGCCGAUUGUCAGAAGACAGGUGUUUGUAAAUAAGACUCAUCUAAUGUCGGCACACGACCCCGAUAUUUUCCCACGAUUGAUGAAUAUAAAUGGAUCGCAUCAUGCAUGUCGGACAGUUUGCGACAAAUACUCGCCGAGUCAACAACUCCGACAAAGUUCCUUAGAAAAACACAUUCUUAAACGUUUAAAAACAUGCCCGUUGAAUGCGUCGACAGUGUACUUUACGUUGGCAAAAUUCUGUCGGAGAGGAGGAAGGCAAAGAAGCCAUUGAUGGAAAAAAUGCGCCGAGCAAGAAUUAACGACAGCUUAAACGAGCUCAAAAGUCUUGUAUUGGAUCUUCUUCAAAAAGAUGCCUCUCGUUAUUCCAAGAUGGAGAAAGCUGACGUGCUUGAGAUGACUGUCACCUACCUCAGAGCAAUGCAGCGAAAGGACACUCGUACAGAAGAUCCCAAGUCGCUUGCUGAAUACCGAGCUGGCUUCAAUCAGUGUGUAAACGAAGUCAACAGAAAUAUCAUGACAAGCGACGGAAGCGACCAGCUCAGGGAAACACUCUUGUCACACUUGGCUUCGUGCUGCCAUGGUAACGCCACAAACCGUGUCGCCACGAGCCACGCGCCAGGGAUUCCCGCCACGACUCCGAGUUUUCCCGCCAUUGCGCCAAACGCCGUCUGGGUCCCAUAUCCUUCACCGCCGCCAUCACCAACAAGACAAUCUGCGGUUUUCAUCCCUUUAACUAGCCCAGUUCAAACUGAGAUGUCAAGAACUCCGUCCCCAGUCAGUCCAUCCCUCCCUCACGCUCAGCAGAUCAGCAUCACCUCAGCGAGUUCUCCGAGCGCGACAACAAAAACGGCUCUAUGGCGUCCUUGGUGAUAAUGAACACUUAAAUGAAUGACAAAUGCUAGAAAAUAAGCGGAAAUAUAUGUCUGAAUGUACUUUUUUUUACGAAAAUAAUUUAAGUGAGAGUUAAGUUCACUACUUCUCUUAACUGUGUGAAGGAAUCAAUGCAGAUAAAGCUUUUGACGAGAGAUUUUAUUAGCGAAAGAUGUUUUAUAUAUCGCGAAUUGCUGCUAGGCAGUUUAAAAAGAAUAAUAUUAAAAAAUGAAGUUUAAUUUGAAAACUUUGCGUUAUUUGUUCUGAAAGGAAAUGAAUUAAUUUCAAGAAAGGG